AUGAGCCAACUUUCUCCUUUAAAUUCAGGUAUGUUUUCAAGAGGAAUUCCAAUAGCAAACGGACGUAAUCUUGCAGUGAGCCUUCAUCCAACUUUUAGCUUUCUUGAUAAUGAAAGAACAAGUUCUCCCAAUCAGGCGGAAUCACCCACUCAUCAAUCCGCCAAUAAUUCUUUCAGCUUCCUCUUUAAGGACACCAAUUCUAAUCACUCUUCAAGCAAUGAUCUUCCAACCUUCAUGAAGUCUUUUUUAAACUGCUCCCAAAAUGAUAAGACUGAAACAGGUAAUGUUAUUAAUGAAGAAGAGUCAGCCAUCGGCCAAUCUUCUGUUUUCCGUUCUUCCAUUCAAGAUGAAGCAGCCUCAAAUCCUCAAGGAGGAACCAGCACAGGCAAACGAUCAAAUCAAGAAUCCAGUUCGGGAGAGAACAAUGCGAAUGACACCACCUGUAGUACUCACCAGCCUUCUCAAUCCAUGACUGGAUCUGCAUCAAACGGCCAGGACAAUCCCUCACAACAGGGUCCACCAAGCAAAAAGCUAAAGACAACCACUUUGAAUGCUCAUUCCUCGGAGAGCACCAGCGCUCCUCUCACUGUGCAACAGGCAAACCCGUCUACACAAAAACAACCUCCAUUUGUGAGAAACGAAGGGAAUGUUCUUCCAUUCUCGACCCAGAAAUUUUCGUUGAAUGCAGCCCAGAGACAACAAUCAGGGGAUCAGGUUUCUACUCCAAAGAAAAACACUGCUGAAAGAAACUCGCCAUCUUCUCAAAACAACAGUUCAACUCCAAGUCGAUCCAGCCUUUCAGCAAUGUCACCUCCACCAAACAAGCCAAAUGCUUCGGCAAGAACUGGGCAUACUUCCUCAAAAACCUCUUUGGCAUCACUUGAUCAAUCACCAUUAAAGACACCUUCUCCAUCUCAACCAAGCAAGCCUAACCAAGUGCCAGGGGCUUCAAAUGCUCAAGACAAUCUCAAUUUAUCUUUUGAAAGAACCGAGAAGAUUGUCUCCAAGCAUAGAACUGAGUUGGACGAUUUGAAACUUGUUGAGAACCAGUUGAACGGUGUGAAGAGAAAGGACUCUGAGAUGACGAAAACAAUGGAAGAUCUCCAUGCCAAGAUGCUAGAGCACAGCGACACCCUUAGAGCUCUAUCCCUUAAGAUCUCUAUCCUCACCAACAAGCUACUCCUUGCCGACAGUCCUGCCUUUAGAGAGAGCAUUGACAAGCUUCACCUCAAAUAUGCCGACCUUCUCAAUCAUAAUCCUUAG